AUGACUAGGAGGUCCAACAAGGACAACCUAGUUGAACAUCCAGAGAUUGACAAGCUUGAGAAGCAACUUAGGAAGCAAAAGCCCAAGAGAUGGCCGACGAAGCAGCUCGCGCUCACGCCGCUGAAGUGGCGCGCGCUCAAUGAAGAAGGAAGAGAUCCACCUCCUCCUCCUCCUAACCCUGCUGGAGAUGUGAAUGCACAACCCCAAGCCGGAGCACCUACAAUCGGAGACUAUGACUCUGCCGAUGCUUUCUUCAUGGAUAGAAACCCUAUCCAUCCACCACUUCCUGCAAGGAAUGACUAUGAGAUCAAGCCUCAGAUCAUUGCAUUGGUUAGACAGAACCAAUUCAAUGGCCUUCCAGCUGAGCACCCUCUUGAUCACAUAGAAAACUUUGAAGAAAUUUGCAGCACUACAAGAUCCAAUGGAGUCUCUGCUGACUACCUUAAGUGCAAGCUCUUUUCAUUCUCUCUUGGCGACAAAGCUUCAAGAUGGUUGAAGUCUCUGCCAGCUCACUCCAUUACCACUUGGGAUGAGUACAAGGCUGCAUUCAUCAACCACUUCUACACCAAACAGAGAUCAAUUUCUGUGAGGAACAAGAUCUCCACUUUCGCCAAGCCAACAAUGAGUCUUUCUAUGAGGCGCUAG